AUGAAGUGCAUAAUUCUGCUUAGUUUUGCCUGUCUGAUUUGGUUUACCAGUGGAAUAAAAAUUGAUUGUGAAAAUCCAGAGGCGGUUAAUGAAGAGCAUAUCCAUUAUUGCUGCAAACAUCCCGAUGGACACAAUGAUAUAAUCGAAGAGUGCGCCAAGGAAACUAACUUCAUGCUGCCAAAUCAAAAUGAAGAGGCUUUGGUAGACAUUACAGCAGAUCGAGCAAUUCAGGGAACUUGUUUUGGUAAAUGUGUCUUUACCAAAUUGAAUCUCAUAAAGGACAACGCCUUGGACAUGGAUGCUGUGAGGAAAUAUUUUGCUGCUAAGUUUGUUGAUGAUCCGGAGUACGUCAAGGAAAUGAUCAACGCCUUUGAUCACUGUCAUGGCAAAAGUGAGGAGAACACAUCCAUGUUCCUUUCUAAACCUCUCUUCAAGCAAAUGUCCCAGCACUUCUGCGAUCCCAAGUCCAGUGUGGUUCUGGCCUGUGUGAUCCGUCAGUUCUUCCACAAUUGCCCCGCUGAUCGUUGGUCCAAAACCAAGGAGUGCGAGGACACCUUGGCCUUUAGCAAGAAGUGUCAGAACUCGCUGGCCACUUUGUAAUUGCUUGAGUAGCAG